GGUACUGUAUGAGUAGGUGGUCGAUGCGGCAGGGUGGCUCGCGCUACUCCGUCAGUCGUUUCCUUGAGAGUUUGGCCCAGUCCGGUGUCAAAGUUGUCGCAAGAGUUGCGCCCAGUGUUUUGCGAGGACGGUGCGGCGUCGGCAGUGUGUGACAGUGUUUCUGCAAGCAUUGAAAACUGUUCGUGUCAACUGCAGUCUGUGCUGCUAACCCUAACAAAAAGAAACAAACGGCAGCGGCUCUUAGAUGAUUGCGUGAGGCACGACGGUCGACUACCUCGGCGAUAUUGAAUCCUGGGCACAGCUCGUCGCCUGGCGUCCUCUCUACAUGACGCCGCCCGCGCACGGGACACCCUUCGUGCUCGAUAGGCCGUGAGGAACAAGUUCCGGGCAUCGACAUCGCACCGGCAAAUCAGGAGCCAAGAUGCGGCCGCAUUAGUCGACGAGACGCUUCACGGACUCGCCGUCUGCGUCGGAGCACGAGGGGCGUGACCAGAGGGCGAUCAAAAUGAGCGGCUUCCCUGGCGGUCACAUUCUGCGGGGCCCGAGCCGUCGUCUGCCGCCGCCACGUUGUCUGAUUUGAGGUCGCUCGCUGUCGUUUUCGGUGCGUCGUUUGUCUGUCACCAUGGCGGACCACAGCGAGCUGGUGACAGAGAUGAGCGUGGUGGAGAAGAUGAGCACCCAGGAGCGCCUGAAGCACGCCAAGAAGCGGCGCCAACAGCAGCUAAAGAAGUGGAGCCAGCACGAGCGCGAGCUGCAAAAGGCGAAGAAGGGCAAGGCCUCGUCGCCGGCAGCCGCGCCGCCGCCCACCGAGUACAAGGUGCACUUCGUCCCCAGCGUCAUGCUCCUCGAGGCCGCAGCACGGAACGACGUUGACGAAGUCCGACGAUUGCUGAUGCUGGGAGUGAGUCCCGACUCAACCAACGAAGAUGGGCUCACAGCAUUGCACCAGUGCUGCAUUGACGACAGCGAGGAGAUGAUGAAGCUACUUAUCGACUUUGACGCUAAUGUGAAUGCAAAGGACAGCGAGCAGUGGACACCCCUACAUGCAGCCGCCACCUGUGGUCAUAUUCACCUCGUGCGCUACCUCAUCUCCAGAGGUGCUGACCUCUUAGCUGUCAAUGCUGACGGCAACAUGCCAUACGAUAUAUGUGAAGAUGAACCGACGCUAGACUACAUUGAAUCUGAGAUGGCAAAAAGAGGCAUCACCCAGGAAAUGAUUGAUGAAACCAGGGCAGCCAAUGAAGUAAUGAUGCUCAGUGACUUAAAGGGCCUAAGCGAUGCUGGUGGUGAUUUGGAAUUCAGGGAUGAACAAGGUGCCACACCUCUGCACAUUGCGGCAGCCAAUGGGUACGUGUCUGUGGUGGAGUUUCUCCUGGAUCAGCAUGUGUCAACCGACGUGUGCGAUAAUGACCAGUGGCAGCCUAUCCAUGCAGCUGCUUGCUGGGGCCAUCCGGACGUGUUGGAAAUGCUGGUACAGGCUGGCGCUGAUCUGAAUGCACGCACGAAGAAUGGCGAAACACCAUAUGACAUCUGUGAAGAUCCCGACCUGAAGGAGCGAAUUGUGCAACUACGAAGCGAAAUGGAAACAAAAAGGGCCAUGCAGCCGAACAAACUACGGCGUUCACAAAGCCAGAAUACUCGCAGCCAAUCGGUGCGUCGAACAAGCAUCCGUGAGAAAGGCAUGAUUUCUCGCCGUGAGGCCCGAGAGGAGGCCCGCAUCCGCCAAGAGCAGCAGGCACCAUUGGGCAAAGACGAGGAUGAAGAAGCGGUGAGGAGGAAGUCUGAAGGUGAUGUCAUGAAUGGUGACUCAGGCUCGCUCACAAGCCCUGGCAGUGACAGUGAGCACCAAGCCAGUACAGUCUCAUCUGUGCCACUGUCAUUGGCCCCUCCAACAGUCGCUGUGGAAGUGGCAGGAGCAGCAAGUUCUCCAAGUCGUUGUGGCUUGGAAGGAAUGGCUGACCCAGGGUCAUUGGGGUCACUAGCCCCGAUGCCCCCGCCGUCAUACUCUGAGGUCUCGCCAAUGCCGGCAAGGCACCAGGGGGGCGCUGCGGAGGCAGUCAAGGUGGAAAUCCACGUGACCGUGAACACUCAGCAAGCAUCUGUAGGCUUCUCCCCUCAGAAUGGAACGCUCUCGGACCUGAAAAAACACAGAGCCGACCUUCGAAACAGUCGGGGCUCCCUUACACUCUCUGCUUCACAGCAACAGGAAAUAGUCGGCAAAAUGGCAGCAUCUGCUACCGCGCUUGGACAGAACGGACACCAGCAUCAUUUCAGUGCCACUGUUCGGAAACCAAGCUACGAAGCUCCCCCUUCACCAUCGACAUCUCUUCGACGUUUUCGUAGUGAUCCUUCAGAGAUAGUGGGUGAACCACAUCGUAAGGACUGUUGCGCCAUCAUGUGAUGAUGCCAAAAGGACACAGGGGAAGAAAAAGAAAAAAAAAGCUAUUUACUUUUGUGUUUUGAAACGAUGCACUUGCAAAAG